GGAACCUUGGGGUGUGUAAGAGCCAAGAGGAGAAUAUAGCUGGAAGAGCUACGACGAGGAGAAAUUCAGUGAACCCGACGCCAGCCGAUAGUAGCCCUCUUCUCUUGCCCCAUCUCGUAGUCCGCCGCAGCCCAAAAUAAUGCCCGACGAUCUCACGCCGCCUCCGGCCGAUGCAGUCUCCGCUCCUCCGGAGGCCGGAUCCACUCCGUCUUCACCGCCGCCGCCAACGCCUCCUCCUUCAUUCGAUCCGAGUCGAAUGAUCGGUAUAAUCAAGAGGAAGACAUUGAUAAAAGAGUUGGCGGCUGUUUACCACGCUGAGUGCCUCGCGUAUUGCCAGGAGCUGCUGGAACUACAGAAGAAGUCGGAAGAGCCGUUUCUGGAUUCAAAACCUCCUGAAGAUUCAAGGAAGGAGACAACGAGACCCACAAAACGCUCCAAGAAGGGUCGGUAGGCUAUAGCAUGCAUGUCAUAGCUGGAAUCUGUUCGCUUUCUUUGCGGAUUGAUAUGGAAGUCCU